CAGUGUAACAUAUAACCUUAAAAAACCCUUGGGAGUGAAACGCCACAAAAACCCUAGGACCAAGAAAGACCGAAACCAGAGCGGCUUCAAGAUGGUUCAGCGGCUCACUUACCGCACGCGUCACAGCUACGCCACCAAAUCCAACCAGCACCGCGUCGUCAAAACUCCUGGAGGGAAGCUUGUUUAUCAGACCACAAAGAAGAGAGCCAGCGGGCCCAAAUGCCCUGUUACUGGCAAGAGAAUUCAAGGGAUUCCUCAUUUGAGGCCUGCUGAGUAUAAGAGGUCUAGAUUGCCAAGAAACCGUAGGACUGUGAACCGUGCUUAUGGUGGAGUUUUGUCUGGAAGUGCUGUGAGGGAAAGGAUCAUUCGUGCCUUUUUGGUGGAAGAGCAAAAGAUUGUGAAGAAGGUCCUGAAGAUUCAGAAGGCAAAGGAAAAGCAAUCAUCCAAGAGCUAGAAUUUCAAUUAAGAUGAUAGUGAAUCUUGGAAUAGUUGUUUGAGGUGAUCAAGAACUGGAUUUAUGCUUUACCUUGGCUGUUUUGAAUCGUGUUCUACUUCUUUCUCUUUGUCGACAAAUCAACUUAUGUUAAAAUUUUGUUUUUGUUCUUUCACUUGUCUACUGUUCUCUGCAAUUUCCUAUUGAAUUGGAUGCUCAAUGUAUUCGCAGAUUAGUGGUUUUUGUUAUCAUUAUUAAACUAGUUGUAUGAUUGCCUCAAUAUGACAUAUGCUGUGGCCUUGUUCUUAUGCGUUAUAAGAUGUAUAUACAUCACCAUUUCAGAAGAAAGGCGAUAUGUAUAUAUAUUUGUAGAUUAUAAUCUUGAGUCCCUGAUAUAAAUGUAGAAAUUUAUGUUAAUAAAUAAAAUUAUGCCACAUGAA